CUAGUUGAUAGCUGAGAAUGAAGUCAGUCCAGAAAGCACAGCAAAUUUUCUCUCUCGUCUCAAAACCCAGCAUCACACAACUCUCAAUUCCCUUCUCCUCUUCUUCAACCAUUGAUUCAAUCACUUCACCAAAACCAAAGCCAAAACCAACACAAACUCAAACUCUAACCCAAGAAGACCUCAUAAACAUCAACCUCCUCCUCCCACGCCUCUGCCUCUCAGACCACCUCGACACCGCAACCCACCUCACCGUCACAGCCCUCCUCACAAACCCACCUCUCCAAUCCCUCUCUCUCUCCAUUCUCAUCCACUCCUUCACUUCCCAACCCGACAUGGCCCGGCCCAUGUCACUUCUGACCCGCCUCCGCCACAACCCACCUUCCCAUUCCUAUCUCACUCCCAUCACAACCAUGCUCAUUGCCUCUUAUUUCAAGAGAAAGAGACCCAGAGAGGCCCUCAAGUUGUUCAACUGGAUGGUGAGGCCUGGCUCCCCAGUCGUGCUUGAUGAGAGAGUUUGUGCGGUUUUGGUUGGUGGGUUUUGUAGGAAUGGGAUGGUGCUUGAGGCUUUGAAUGUUUUGAGGGCAAUGUUGGGUGCGAAUAUCGUGCCGGGUUGCGGUUUGAGGAAGUGGGUUUAUAGGGGUUUGUUGAGGGAGGCUAGGAUUAGGGAGGCGUUGGAGUUGAAUGAGGCUUUGGAUUGUGUUGGGGAUAGUGAGAAAAGUUGUGUGUCUGAGGGUUUUAGAAAGGUUUUGGCUUUAUUGGAUCAUAUGAUUGAUAACUGGACGGAAUAGAGCAGCCUGUUGAGAAGGAGUAAGGAGUGAUUGAUUUGCCAACAUUGCUGCUUUCUCCAUGGACAAUUGGGGAAAGGCUCACGCAGAGCUGUUGUAUCUGGUGUUGCUCGUAAAUGUUCCUUAGCUGAAGGCAUAAGGAGCUACGAACUCUAGUCAUGUCUUCACCACAGCAUCUAUUAUUUCAUAGUCCUCAGUGCAGAAUACCAGCUUGAUAGAAGCAGGACACCUGAACUUGGGGAAAAUUUGUGCUCCCAAUCUUUGACAGAAUCACUUUUCGAAGUGCUCCUGUGGCCAAAUCGUACCACCAUCAAUCGUGCCAUCAAAUGCUUAACAGACGUGCAAAGUUGUUUGUUUGCAGUGCUCUUUCAGCCUCCUUAUUUUUAUUUGGCCCCCCUUAGUCCCCUGAAACGGAAAGUGUAAUGCUGCCAUUGUGACAUUGCCAAAUAACACAGGCUUAUAGAAGUUGUAUCAACUCAUGUAGGUGAAUUACUCGAGUUCUGAUUAAGAUAGCCUGCAAAUGUAAUGUUCAAGUCGACGAAGUCCUUAAGGCCUCUUUUUAUAUUAGAUAAUGCCGUAACCUUAGUUCAUGUUA